AUGGAAGCGGCUGACUCUGGAGCCAGGCAAAGCCGUCACUCUGCAACCAUUUCAGAACACCAGAUACACCACCCACCUCAGCCCGAUCAACCAUACUCCGAUCAUCGCCAUCACCAUUCCUACUCGCAGGAUAUCUUGUUGGACAGGUCGUAUCGAGAACCUUCCGCCAUGGCAACGGCAACCCUCAUCACACCGGCCGCCCACUACCCACCUCAACCUCAACCGCCUUUCUCCAGUUAUUCACAACCCAGCUCUGGUGCCGCCAGUAUCGCCAACAUGAUUUCUGAACCGCGAAAACCAGCCGACGAUCAGGAGCCCUCAAAUCGCCAGUCGCUGCCCUCAAUCUCGGAGGUCAUCCAGGGCACUAAACCUGGAGCUUAUCCUGUUGCACAUGCGCCGGGUCUGCAGUCAGGUUCGAGUUUGCCGUCGCCCUUCGCACCAGCUCCUCGAUCAUUCCCAGAGGCUGAGAAGCGUUCGUCUCCUCAACCUCUCCACCCGACCUCAUCUUUUCCUCGGCAAGAUGGACCUGCCUUUACGGACUCUCCUCGUCCUCAUUUCAACAACCGACCAUCGCUCCCUCCUGUCUCUGACCGUCGCCAGAGUCCUUCAGCCAAAGCUGAUCUACCUCCACACCACCACCACCAUCCCGAGCAGAAGCUUCCUGAACCUCACCACCCACUCAAUGGUGCCUACGCUCAUCCUCAUCCUCCUCCUCCUCCUGCUCCUGCUCCUGUCGCAUAUCAGCCUGGCCAGCUGCCUCCAGGCCAAAUGCCCCUGCCUGCGUAUCCUAUUUCCCCUAGACACGGAAUGCCACCACAUAUUCCCGGAUCUUACGAUCCCAGGGCGCCUCCCCACAUGGACGACCCUGAAUAUGCCCGAGCCAGAUACGAGGCUACAGUUGACAGGCACUACGAAAGCUGGAACUAUCAAGACUCGUUGAGUCGAAUCGGCACCUCGUCUCGUACGAUUUUUAAUUUUGCCGAAGCUUACAGCAGAAUCGCCCAAGAACAGCACGGAGCUCACCCAAUCCCAGCUCGACUGCCUACCGAACGAGAAGUUAGCGAUAUGCUCAGCAAUAUCGAACUUGUCAAGAGAUCACUGGAGCAAGUGCGUGACUUGGUGCAAACUUCGAUCCAGAACGAACGAGCCCGAGAAGGAUCCAAGAUGAAGGGGCCUUAUGAGGAAGAGCACGACGUGAACAUGUACGGCGAUGGAAUGAAGCCAGCAUAUGGCAUGACGGAAGUUAAAAAGCGUCGAGGUCGUGCUGCUCCUCCUGGACGAUGCCACAGUUGCAAUCGAAUCGACACCCCUGAAUGGCGACGUGGACCUGAUGGAGCCCGGACUCUCUGCAACGCCUGCGGGUUGCAUUACGCCAAACUGGAAAGAAAACGCCAACUCGAGCAGAGGUCGAUUCGUCCUAAAGAUGAGGCUCAUCGACAAUGA